UCAUACCAUACUCAGUUUCAUAUUUUUAAGAUCUGAUAACUUGGUGGAUAAUAUUUAAAUUUUAAUGAUUUGUUGUUUUGUUCUAAAAAUAUACUUGUCUUUUUUAAUUAAUUCAAUUUUAUUGAACUGUUUAUAAGUUAAAUUAAAUUGUUUUAUAGUAUAAAGAAAAUGCAAGAAGAUUUUUUGAAACAUAUAAAUAUAAUGAAGAAAUUAACUCUAUCAUGAAAAUAGAGUAAAUAAAUACGAUUCAUAGAUUUGCCAUGAGAUUUAUAUCAAUUAUUACUACAACAUCUAAAAAUAACUUAUUUAUUUUAAAAUCUGGAGUAUCUCUCAAGAAAUUGUCAACUGUAUCUUCUAAAGACAUUAUAUCACAUCAAACUUUUAAAUUUAUCGAUUAUCAAUUUCCUGAAAAAAUUGCUAAAUCCAGACAAAACAUUUUUGAAAAGUCAUUUUUUAUUCUUCCUGACGUUGUAACAGACAUUGAAGAAAAAGAACUCGUUAAUGAAAUAGAAAUAUCAUUGAAACGUUUGAGGUAUCAGCAUGAUCAUUGGGAUGAUGCUAUACACGGGUAUAGAGAGACUGAAAAAAUUUUGUGGAAGAAUGAUAAAAAUGCUAAUAUUAUCAAUAAGCUAAAAAUAUUGUCAUUUGGGAAUGAUUCUAAAACAAAACCUAUGCAACAAGUACAUAUACUUGAUUUGUAUGAUGAUGGUUAUGUUAAAGCACAUAUAGAUAGUGUGAAAUUUUGUGGUAAUAUUAUUGCUGGCUUAAGUUUACUUUCAGAUUCAAUAAUGAAGUUAACAGAUGAUACAGAUCCUAAUAUUUUUGUUGAAGCAUUAUUGCCUCGUCGAUCUCUAUAUAUUAUGAAAGAUGAUGUAAGAUAUAAGUAUAAACAUGAAGUAUUAGCAAGAAGUGACAAACAAUUCAAAGGAAUUAAAGUUUUACGCAAACGCCGUAUUUCAAUAGUUAUGAGAAAUGAGCCUAUUAUGUAGUAUUACACUUGCUUUAUCAAGUGUUAUUUUAUUGUUAUAUUAAUUAAACUAGUAAACUUAAAUAAAUGUAUGAUUUGAAUGUUGAAAAUUUCA